AUGGAGGGGAACGAGUCAAAUCGCCUUUCUCCCCUUUCUCCCCUUACUCCCGAUGAUCACGCCGGGAAACUAUGGAUAGUGACAAUCCUAUCGCUGAUCUACACGCUGCAUGUGGCUAUGGCGAGAGUAUACAUCAAAUAUCGCAUGCUGGGAGUAGACGACGCGCUGUAUGGCGUGGCUGUUCUUCUGCAUUUGGGCCAAUCGGUAGCCAUGUUUGUAGGUUUGUGCAAUGGUCUUGGCAAGAAGAAUUCCAUCACAACACCAGAGCAAUGGAUUGUAUCGUCAAAGUGCCUUGUUGCAUCGACCGUCUUUUUUAUCAUGACCCUGACUUUCGCCAAAUGCUCGGUACUGGCUCUCAUCCGACGAAUUAUAUACUGCAGGCCUGGGAAGAGCGAGCCGUUUUGCAUUGGACUCAUGGUCAUCACCGUUCUAUGGGGCGUUGCAUCGAGUGUAUCAUUCCUCAUCAACUGCAAUCCUGGUAGUGUGUUGACUGUCGAAAACCUCGAGCAAUGUCCGCAUCAGACAUCCCGUUGGCUAUCUAUAGCAUCGCUCGAUAUAGUGACAGAACUCCUCACACUCGCCCUCAUCGUUCAAUUGGUAUGGUCAGUAAACAUUGGCCAUAGUCGAAAGUGGCAAGUAGUUGCCGCAUUUUCAUUCCGUCUACCUCUUAUUGGUCUAUCAGGCGUUCACGUGGCAUACGCAAACAAGUUUCCAUUAUCCGAUGAGCCGCAAUUCGCUGUUACGAAAGCUCUUCUAUGGCAACAAAUCAUGGUCUCAUGGUCUCUUCUAUCCGCUACCUCGCCGAACCUCAAGAGCUUCAUGUCAUCUUUUAAUAUUGGCUGGGGCUUCCCUGUUGCGUUUGAUGAGACCAACCUCGACCCCUCGGAUCCGCUUGCGCUUCAGGAGCUAGGGAAAGUUAGUUGUCCGGCAGUCACUACAUCGACUCUAUCCUCAGUUGCUUCGGUUGCUAGUAGUGGACGACCGGGUAAUUGGAGGCCCGAUGUAAUCGCUCAUCAGGCAACUAUAACACACGAGAGUGACAGAACGUCUUUGGAUGAUAUAACUGAGGAGGAGAUAUCUCGGACAGGAAGUCACGAGAUGAUUAUCAACAAGGAAGUGACAUGGAAUGUCACAUACGAGGACAGCAGGUGUUAG